AUGUUCACUUUGAUUUUUCUGUUCUUCCUCCUGAACAUUCCACUUCUUGUUGCCAGUUUCAUUCAUCCCAGGUGCUUUUGGAGAAUGAAGCAGAAAAAAGACAAGGAUGGAGACCUGUUGACAGGUUGUAUCUUCUUCCUUAGGGUUGUGAAGGAGCAUGUUGAGAAAGAUAUUUUCAACUACAUUCUGAAUACACAAACAUCACCCGAAAACAUCCAGUUUCCAUUGGCCUUAACUUUUUCCAUGGAUGAAGUCAAUAGGAACCCUGAUCUUUUGCCAAAUAUGUCAUUAGUAUUUGAAUUGCUGGAGGGUGGAUCCAUGAAUAUGUCAGAAUUAAACAGAAUAACACAUUUCGGUGAAGAAAUUCAAGAUUAUUACCCUAAUUAUGAGUGUAAAGGAGAGCCUGGUUGUAUAGUGUUGCUGACAGGACCAGAUUAUGAAACAUCUGCGAUAUUUGGGACAUAUCUGGACCCCGGGCUAUCUAAACAGGUCCUUCAGCUUACCUAUGGACCUUUCCAUACCAUCCUAAGUGAUCAUGAAAAAUUUUCCUAUCUAUAUCAGAUGGCCCCCAAGGACACAGCUCUAUCAUUGGCAAUGGUCUCUUUGAUUCUUCACUUCAACUGGAACUGGAUAGGAGUGGCCAUCUCUGACAAUGACCAGGGUACCCAAUUUCUCUCACAUUUGAGAACUGAGAUGCAGAAAAAUACAGUCUGCUUUUCCUUUGUAUGCAUGAUCCCAACCAAAUUCCUUACAUACAUGUCAAGAGCUGAUGUGUAUUAUAACCAAAUCAUAACAUCAUCUGCAAAUGUAGUCAUCAUUUAUGGUGACAUUGACAGUACUCUAGCUGUGAGCUUUAAAAUGUGGGAAUCUCUAGGUUUACACAGAAUAUUUUUGACCACAUCACAGUGGGAUGUCACUACAAGUAAGAGAGACUCUACAAUUGGCUCAUCCCAUGGGAUACUAGCUUUUACACACCACCAUCCUGAGAUUUCUGGUUUUAAAACAUUUGUCCAGACACUGAACCCUCUGAAAUAUACAGAUGAAUACCUUGCAAGGCUGGGAUGGAUGAACUUUAACUGUGAGGUCCCAGCUUCCAAGUGUAAGACACUGAAGAAUUGUUCAUCCAAUGCCUCAUUACAAUUUCUAAUGGGACAGACUAUUGACAUGGCCUUUAGUGAUGACAGUUAUGACAUGUAUAAUGCUGUGUAUACUGUAGUCCAUGCUAUCCAUGAGAUGCUUCUUCAACAAGUGUAUAAUGGGAAUGAACACUAUGGUAACUGCUUGAAGCUGCACUCUUUUCUGAGGAAGACUCAUUUCACUAAUCCUGUUGGAGAAAAAGUAAAUAUGAUCCAGAGAGAAAACCUACAGGCAGAGUAUGACAUUUUCCAGAUUUGGAAUUUCCCAAAUGGAUUUGAAGUCAAAGUGAAGAUAGGAGAGUAUAGCCCAUAUUUUCCACAUGGUCAAGAGCUCCAUUUAUAUGAAGACGUGAUAGAGUGGGCCACAGGAAGUAGACAGAUGCCACCCUCUGUGUGCAGUGCUGAUUGUGGUCCUGGAUUCAGAAAAUUCAUGCAGAAGGGAAUUUCUGCCUGCUGUUUUGAUUGCAUCCCCUGCCCAGAAAAUGAAGUUUCUAAUGAGACAAAUGUGGAAAAAUGUGUGAGGUGUCCAGAGGACCAGUAUGGCAACAGAGAGCAGAACCAGUGCCUUCCCAAAUCUGUGGUCUUUCUGACCUAUGAAGAUCCCUUGGGGAAGACUCUUGCCUCAAUAGCCUUGUGCUUCUCUGCAUUCACAGUGCUUGUUCUUGUGGUCUUUGUCAAGCACCAUGACACUCCCCUUGUGAAGGCAAACAACCAGAAUCUUAGUUACAUCUUGCUCAUCUCACUCAUGUUUUGUUUCUUGUGCCCCUUGCUCUUUAUUGGCCAUCCCAGCUCAGCUACCUGUAUUCUACAGCAAAUCACAUUUGGAGUUGUAUUCACUGUGGCUAUUUCCACUGUGCUGGCCAAAACAGUGACUGUGCUUUUGGCUUUCAUAGUCAUAGCCCCUGGAAGAAGGAUGAGGUUCUUCAUGAUUUCAAGGGCACCCAACUACAUCAUUGCCAUAUGUACCCUUAUCCAAAUUAUUGUCUGUGCAGUAUGGCUGCUAGUCUCUCCUCCCUCUAUUGACACUGAUGCACACUCUGAGUAUGGCCAAAUCAUCAUUGUGUGCAACAAGGGCUCAGUUACUGCAUUCUACUGUGUCUUGGGAUACCAUGGCUUUCUUGCCUUUACAAGCUUUAUUGUGGCUUUCUUGGCCAGGAAUCUCCCUGACAAAUUUAAUGAAGCCAAAUUGCUGACCUUCAGCAUGCUGUUGUUCUGCAGUGUGUGGAUCACCUUUCUCCCUGUCUACCACAGCACCAAGGGCAAGGUCAUGGUGGUGGUGGAGGUCUUCUCCAUUUUGUCCUCAAGUGCAGGUCUGCUGGGAUGCAUCUUUAUCCCCAAGUGCUACAUAAUUUUGUUCCGACCUGAGAGAAAUUCUCUUCAAAAGUUAAGGGAGAAAACAUCUUCCUGA